AUCAGUUCCGUGACUCUGGAAAAUUUUAGAGAAUAUUUUUGGUUUAAAGAUUGGAGAGAUAGGUUAUGUGAAAUUUCUCAUCUAUUGCAUGUAGGACAGUCAUGGAGAGUCAUCUUGUAACCAAUCCUUUUCUCAUUCACAGUGUUUAUCCUUGCCUCUUGCCUCGUGGCUGGUACGACCAUACAGAGAACCCAACUUAGAGAAUGCAAUCCUAUAUGAUAUUCCAUCCUCUUGAUCACAAUGGAUUUAAUUAGACGUGCGGCGAGGCGCAGUCUUCUUUCUCUUCGUUCGAAGCCGGCUCCAGUUCCUCGUGCCGGUCGUGUCUUACCUCAGGACGAACGGGUCGAUGAGGAAAUUUGUCCAUUUUACAACUUCAUGGAUUACUACCCAGCCAAGCCUGGAGAAAUACUCGCCGAUCGGUAUCAACUGGUGGUUAAAAUUGGCUGGGGAACUCGUUCGACGGUAUGGCUCGCUCGAGACAUAAGAAGAUACAAAUGGCAAGUUGAACGCUUUGCGGCGUUGAAAAUCAAUGAACUCAAUAGUGAAGAAGCUCAAUACGAGCGUGACAUUGAAGACCACAUUGCCAAGAAGGACCCAUUACACCCAGGCUAUCCGAUGAUCAGAACAUGUAUUGAAAGCUUCGAAAUCACCCGUCCCGAGGGAAGCCAUAUAUGUCUGGCAUAUGAACCUAUGAGAGAGCCUUUUUGGCUUUACCAAAGACAUUUCAGAGAUGACAAGCUUCCCUUUCCGGUCGUGAAGGCGUAUUUUCUCAUGCUUCUUGCUGGCCUUGACUAUUUGCACUCGGAAUGUCGAGUCAUUCACACUGACCUAAGACUUGAGAAUAUUCUAGUUGGGUUCGAGAAUCAAGCUGUCAUCGAGGAUUUUGUAAAAGCACAGAUUGACGACCCCAUGGAAUACAAGAUUAAUGCGUCCGGUCAAACCGUCUAUCGACGUCACAAUUAUUUUGGGCCAUUGCGAAAGCUGGAAAACUUGCCAAAAAUCAUUGACUUCGGCUCUUCGUGUCGAAUUGAUAACCCGAAAAGUGUGGGCAUGCUCCCUAUUCAGCCAGACCACUAUCGUGCUCCAGAAGUCAUUCUUGGUCGCGGCUGGACAUUCAGCACAGAUAUAUGGAAUCUCGGCGUGCUGAUGUGGGACAUACUCGAAAACACCCAGCUAUUCCAACAAGCUCAUGACACGACUGGCCAUUAUGAUGCCAAAGCACAUCUAGCGGAAAUGAUAGCACUGCUGGGGCCACCUCCGAAGACCUUGCUGGAGAAAGCUGAUGCAAUGCUCCGGGUCGAAUGGCCUGAUGCUAUCCAAGGCGAGGGAGGCAAGCUCUGCAGGAAUGCGCAGCAGUUAUUUGGUGGGCCAUUUUUCAGUGGAGAAGGGAAAUUUCUCUAUCCAGAUUUGAUACCGGCCCGACAACUCAAAGAUACGCUUCCGUCUUUGGAGAAAAAGGAUAGGGAAGAGCUAUUAUCCUUUGUCAAGAAGAUGCUUACGUGGCUCCCAGAGGAAAGGAAGACGGCUCGUGAGUUGAUGGAAGACCCGUUCCUCACCCGUUCCUCAAAGCUGGAAAAGGCAUGGGAUAAGUGAAGGUAUCUCUAUCGGGUGCGGAAACAUUUUUUAUAUUCUCUCCUCUCUUUUCCUUCCUUUGAACUCUCUACUCACAUAGAUUUUAAAAUCGUAGAAACGUAAAAGCUUAAGAGUUUCUUCAUCGCCAC